AAAGUUUACUUGAGGAAGACCGGGCUAAGAUUGACCGGCACUAAGGAGACUCUAAUUAAGAGGAUGAAGGAGCACUUAGAAAUUACAAAUGGUGGAGGUGAGAAGAAAUAUCCACCCUCUAGCUUUGUGAUAAACUGUAAAGGGAUGCAUGCAUUGGUGAUGUGGUGAUGUUUCAACAGAAUGUUUAUCAUGAUCAGUUCAACCUUGCGUCACGGAGUGCUAAUGGUCCACCAAUUGGCAAGAGAAUUGUCGCAGGUCGCAUUAUCAAGGAAAGCUAUGGUUCUGCUAAGCAACAACAAACAUUCACAAUAGAAGUUCUUUGGAGCAAAGGAGAAAAGCCGCUGCCUCCUCUUCAUCCUUUGUUCAUUAAAGGUCGAAAUCUUUAUCGGUUCAACACUAUGAGACAGAGAUGGGAGGAUGAAGCAGAAAGAGAAAAACUUUUGAUGGAAAAGCACUCUAGAGGUUCUUUAGCAAGGUCUGAUAGGGAAGCACGACUACGGGAGAAGGAACGGAGGAAAGCAUUGAAAGCAGAAAGAUACAAAGAUAUUAAUGCCUGGUUAGCAAUGAAAAAGAAGGAAAAGGUCAAUUGCGCUCGGUCAGGUUCCACCUUCACAAUGAAAAAUAAUACUGUUCGAGCUCCAAAAGCAGGUCCUUUUGUUACUAAUUCCGACCUAAGGAUUCCACCUAUAGCAUUAGGACUUGUCAGGAACCGAGCGGUACAUGCUCAUGGUCCUCAAGUUCCGAUUAUUCUGCAGCAUCCACAAGGAGGACAAGAUCAACAUCAUCAUGCUGCUUGGAAGAAUCCUGGGAUCUCACAGAGCUUUCCUGGAAGAAAGCAAGUUUUGCGCCAUAACUAUUUGGGAAGCCCCACACUCUGUCCCAGCAAUUCUGCUCAUAUCCAGAACAGGGACGGGCACCCAUUGGCGAACGUGAACCAAUAUCCGAGGAUUGGAACACAGGGGCGAGCAGAAUCACAUAAGAGGCAGUUGUGCCGACACUUCAAAAGGGAAUGUGCCACUUUGGAGAUAACUGCAAGUUCUUGUACGAGUAGUGAGGAGAGAAUGUGUGGAAAAGGCAAGAGAUGGUCCCCGAAUGGUCAAAUGAAGCGCGCGAAGUGGCUCUACUAGAGAUAGGAAGUUAGCUGAUCGCAGUCCAUGGAAAUUUUGACAAAGUCAUCUGCAAUGUUUGCUCCAUAGUUGUGCCCAGAAGCAGUUUUUCGUUCCUCAGGGGUUUGGUCGGUGAAAUCUUCAUGUAGAUAAAAGAUCUGUUCAUAAUGUGAUGAACAUCGACUGCUGGGAGUGGUAUUUUUCUACUCCACAGCUUCGCUGUGAAAACACUUGUAGUCGGUCUUUUUGCAGAUAUUAGAUACUCGAAAUUUGGGAUACAUGAAAUCCCUGACAUGUUUGUGAGUUUGAUUUUCUGCUUAGAUUCUCAUUCCUAAUCAACUCCAUGGCGUUUCACAUG